GAAGAGGACUAUCCAGGAGCUAUCCAGCUGUGCUUGGAAUGCCAGAAAGCUGCCAGCACUUUCAAACACUACAGUUGUAUCAGUGAGUUGAAUUCGAAACUGCAAGACACAUUGGAACAAAUAGAGGAACAAUUAGAUGUAGCACUCUCCACUUAUAAGCUGCUUGGAAAAACACAGACAGCAAUGGACCAGUUACACAUGCACUUCACUCAAGCCAUUCACAACACCGUGUUUCAAGUAGUCCUUGGCUACGUGGAGCUGUGUGCAGGGAACUCAGACACCAAGUUUCAGAAAUUACAGUACAAAGACCUCUGUACACAUAUUACAUCAGACAGCUACAUCCCGUGCCUGGCUGAUCUCUGCAAAGCCCUCUGGGAGGUCAUGCUCAGCUACUACCGAACCAUGCAGUGGCAUGAGAGUCAUGAGCAAGAUGAUGCAGCAGCUGUGUCUUCUGUUUCAGAUGGCAACAAUGUGGUGGGAACUGAAGAGAACAGUUUUGACCGCAGUUAUGUCAAAAAGAAAUUGGAACACGGGCUUUCACGAAUAUGGCAGGAUGUUCAACUGAAAGUGAAAACGUAUCUCCUGGGGACAGAUCUUUCUAGCUUCAAAUACGAUGACUUCAUAUUUGUUCUCGAUGUUAUCAGCAGGCUGAUGCAAGUUGGAGAAGAAUUUUGUGGCAGUAAGUCUGAAGUUUUGCAAGAAUCCAUCAGAAAACAAAGUGUUAACUAUUUCAAAACGUAUCACAGAACCCGUCUUGAAGAAUUGAGAAUGUUUUUGGAGAAUGAGACCUGGGAACUUUGUCCUGUUAAAUCAAGCUUUAGUAUUCUACAGCUUCAUGAAUUCAAGUUCAUGGAGCAGUCACGUUCCCCGUCUGUGUCACCCAGUAAGCAGCCUGCUUCGGCGAUUUCAGCGACGGUGACGCUGUUUGAGCAGUACUGUACCGGGGGGAACCCCUUUGAAAUUCAGGCUGACAGCAAAGACGACGAGACAGAAGACGUGCUGGCUUCCAACGGGUAUGAAUCAGACGAACAAGAAAAAAGUGCAUAUCAAGAGUAUGACAGCGACAGUGAUGUUCCUGAAGAGCUGAAAAGAGAUUAUGUGGAUGAGCAGACAGGAGAUGCCCCUGUGAAAAGUGUUUCUCGAGAAACUUUGAAGAGCAGAAAGAGGUCAGAUUAUAACCUCUACAAAGUGAAUGCACCUAUCCUAACAAACACUACGCUGAAUGUAAUAAGGCUCGUUGGGAAAUACAUGCAGAUGAUGAAUAUUCUGAAACCGAUUGCAUUUGAUGUGAUCCACUUCAUGUCCCAGCUCUUCGAUUACUAUCUGUAUGCAGUCUAUACGUUUUUUGGCCGAAAUGACACGUACGAAUCAACAGGGCUGGGCCUGAGCAGCAGCCGACUGCGCACCACGCUGAGCCGGAUCCAGGAGAGUCUGAUUGAUCUGGAGGUCUCUGCUGAUCCCACAGGAAGUCUCACAGCUGCUGAAGAGAGAAAGGAGAAGGUGCCAAGCCCGCAUCUCAGUCAUCUCGUUGUUUUGACGUCUGGCAAUUCGCUGUACGGUUUGGCAGAGAGAGUGGUGGCCACGGAAUCCCUGGUGUUUCUAGCUGAGCAGUUUGAGUUUCUUCAGCCUCAUCUUGAUGCAGUGAUGCCAGCUGCCAAGAAGCCUUUUCUUCAGCAGUUCUAUUCUCAGACAGUGUCGACUGCCAGUGAACUACGUAAACCAGUUUAUUGGAUUGUUGCUGCUAAAGCCAUUGACUAUGAACAAAUGCUGCUUCUCAUGACUAAUGUGAAAUGGGAUGUGAAGGAAAUCAUGUCACAACACAAUGUAUAUGUAGAUGCUCUUUUAAAGGAAUUUGAGGAGUUUAACAGAAGGCUGAAUGAGGUGUCUAAGAGAGUCCGUAUUCCACUGCCCGUCUCCAACAUCCUUUGGGAGCACUGCAUACGCUUGGCCAACAGAACUCUCGUGGAAGGUUAUGCCAAUGUAAAGAAGUGCAGCAAUGAGGGACGUGCCUUGAUGCAACUGGACUUUCAACAAUUCUUAAUGAAACUAGAAAAGUUAACAGACAUUAGGCCUAUUCCAGAUAAAGAAUUUGUGGAGACCUACAUCAAAGCAUACUACCUAACAGAAAACGACAUGGAGCGCUGGAUAAAAGAACACAGGGAAUAUUCCACUAAGCAGCUGACCAAUCUGGUGAAUGUUUGUCUGGGCUCCCACAUCAACAAAAAGGCGCGGCAGAGGCUGCUGGCUGCUAUUGACGACACAGACAGGCCCAAAAGAUAACUGGAGAAAGCGACUUUCCUCCCGGCUCGGACCUUCUCUGUUCCUGUGAAGCAUGCAGACAAGUCUCUCAUGGACUAGCGACAGCGUUCUCUUAAAACACAUUGUGCAUGACCUUUCUUACCAGCAUUGGAAAUGCUCUCAAGUGGCAUAAUGCUCUAAAAUAUGACUUUUCUAAUCUGUAGGGUUCUUUACUGUUGUAUUCCUUUUUUUUUUUCUCUUACUUGCCCUUAGUGAAGGGCCACUGUUUGUGUAUCAUUGGUGAACUGUAUAUUUUGCAAAACUGUAUACUGUAAGUAAAAUCAAAAUCCGAGAGAAACACACUGGCUUAAUAUAUAAUUGUUGCUCUUUUUUAAUAGAAGGGCCACUUGCAAAUAUGAUUUCUUUCCUCCCUGCUUUCACCCUCAGAAAUUGUACUUUAUUAUGGACCAGUGUAAAAUGAAAGGAAAUG